GAUCUCUGGAACAAAACGGUAGCGCUGCGAGCGGACCGAGAACGGAUGCUCUUGAAAGCAACGCAAGCAGUAUUCGACGACAAUGCCCUUUCCAAAGCCCCACGCUAUCCCACCGAUCUGUGGUCCGGUUAUGGUUUCAGCAGCUCACUACCAGCCGAUUUACUCAAAGGAAUUCUGGAUAUAUCUGAUGAUGAUGUGGAAUUGCCCAAAGGAAGGCCAAUCUUGGGAAGGGAUGCCAAAACGGUAGGUUUUGCCACAUUAGUGGUUAUUCCACCACGCGGCUUAUGUGCAGUGCGUGAAGAAGAUGAAUUGUCCGAGUUUUCUGGAUCGUUCAGUAGCAGUUCAGUGAAUUCGUCUAAUCGUGUGUUUGAAACUAAAACCCGAUCAGCAUUUUCCGCCUCUACUUCUAUAUUCGAUUCGUCGCCGUUAGUUUCCGAGUUCACCUGGGAUAUUCGUGUGUUUGUCGAUCCAGCAAUGGUUUUGGCACAACUUGGCUGUAGUGAAUAUAUGACUCAGCUGAGGGAGCAAGAGGUUACAAAAGCAGGAAUAGGAAUGCUAGGAGCUGAGGAAGAAACUUAUAAGGUAUUUAAUGUUAAGAUCGAUAUGCAUGCUUUUCUUCUUCUGGACGAACAUAAUCUGAAGGACAUUGGAGUGUCGACAAUCGGUGCCCGAAAGAAAAUACAUCACGCCAUUAUUAGAAUAUCCACAGUAUUCGAGCUAUUCUUGUACAACACAUUUCAACGAAAACCGAUUGGUCGUGAAAGGGUUUGGCCAAUUUUGGACGUAAUAACACCACCGGUGAGCCGAGCGGAAUACACAUUGGAAGAGGAUAGUGUUGUGGUACAACUGGAUACCAGAUGGGCAGUGGAGGGUAGUGAAGAUGAGCAGUGGUCAUAUAUUGUUCGGAUAAACGUACGUCUACGAAUGAUAUAG